AUCUAGCAUUCCUGCGUGCCACUCUUGACUGGUUAUCACUGACAACACAUUGAAGAGGACUCCUAACUUUGGACUUUUGGACAGGGACAGCAAUAGUUGUGCUUUUGUCGUGCUCCAAAUCAAUUUGGGCUUAAUAACAAUAUAAAUAAUACUAUUGGAGAAGAUGGAUUCUUUUUUAUCAGAAUUGAUGCGGAUAUUAUUCCUCUCCAUGCUGACCUUCUUCACCAGCAAUGCAGCCUGCCCGAGCCCUUGCAAGUGUCUUUCCAUCGGCGAAGUCACGUGCAGGGGUGUUACCAUUACGGAUACACCAACACAGCUGCCCAUUCAUACCUACACACUGAAUUUGGGCGAAACAAACAUGGACGUCAUAAGUGAGCAGAGCCUGGAGAAAAUGAAGCUGAUGACACGUUUCAGUCUAGUCUCGAGUCACCUCCAUACGAUCCAUCCCCGGGCUUUCCGUUUUGUUCCACAGCUCAAGUCUCUCAAGCUGACAAACAACCAUCUUUCAACACUUCAUGCGAGAGUUUUUAGCCCACUUGUCGCUCUGGAGCAACUUUAUUUAGGUAAAAACCGACUGGAAGCAAUUACCGUUGACAUGUUUGAAGAACUUGUUGCUUUGCAAGAGCUAGAUUUGAGUUACAACAGAUUGUCCAGUGUUCCUUCAGAAGCUUUCAGCAAACUGGUAAACCUUGAAAUCUUAAACAUUGGCAAUAAUGACUUAAAAACUCUCUCCCCUACGACCUUUCACUCCUUGAUCAAACUUAACAAGCUCAGUAUUCAUAAAAAUCAAUUGAAGAAGUUAGAACCUGGAUUAUUUGAUGGACUAGUGAACCUUGAGUAUCUCCAAAUUUACGCCAACAAGAUAGCCACUAUUCCUCCGGAGGUAUUCUGGCCACUGAAGAAGUUGAAGAAUCUCACUUUAUCUUCAAACAAACUUCAACGUAUCCCUGAGAGGAGCUUCUACAACAUGCCCAAACUUUUUAAACUGACCAUUUACAAUAAUCCACUUUUGUCACUUCCGGAUGAGUUGAUGGGUCACAUGCCUGAAAUGCCAGAAUUUUACCUAUAUGAAACGAAUCUCAUCACAGUGCCUGGAAAUCUAUUUGCCAACAUGUCUGGGCUGCGGAGACUAAACCUCCAUUUGAACGACAGGCUAAGUGACUUGCCUCCAGAUCUGUUUUGCUGUCUUCCUGAACUUCAGAAGCUCUCGCUGAAAUUGAACAACCUUCAACAACUGCAUCCCAAACACUUUUCCAGAUUAAACAAACUGGAAAUAUUACUCCUCAAUAACAACACCCUCAGGAAUCUACCCCAAAAUAUAUUUCAGGAGCUUGAACAACUCACGACGUUGGAUUUGAAUGGCAACCGACUUAAAAACCUCCCAGAAGAUAUUUUCAAGUCCAAUACAGUUGUAAAAGUCGGCUUGAGUGGCAACCCGUGGGACUGUACCUGCAGCAUCAAAGCUUUGGUCAAAUGGAUAAAACUUAAUAAGCACGCAGUUCUUAAAAGCGACGAUGUCAUGUGUCACAGUCCGGAAUACCAAAUACUCCGUACCCUUGAGUCUUUACGUGAUGAGGAACUGAACAAUUGCAACAUGGGAACGGUCACUCCAAGUAGCACUCGGACACAGGAAGCAACUCAAGAGUCAUCUUGGACAACUCCGACAGCUACCGAAGCAGCUUCCUCACCCCAACCAAAUGUCAAACCAGAUGAGAUUUCCUCCACCUACGACAUUCAGUCACCAUUUCAUGACAUCAUUGUUGUCGAAGAGGGACAUGACUUUGUCCACCACAACUAUCAUAGUGGUUGGGUAUAUGUGUGGUUUUUGCCUUCAAAAGCAGUCUUGGCAGGCUUCCUCAUGUUUUCUCAUAUCCUUCUUGUGGCCACAGGCGUGUUUCUCAUCCUUGCUAACAUGUAUGCUAUGCAUCUUCUUUGCAAGAGGGCAAACGAGAUAAAGGAACAAUUUGCACGCAUUUAAGGGGUCAUACGUAAUAGUAGCUUUAAAAAAUAUUGAGAAAAAAUUUCAUUCAUUCAAUAUGCUUUAUUCACAUCUUGUUCUUUUACUAUACUGCAGCUUAAAAUUAUAGCCAGCAAUGCAUAUGUACUUUUUUUUCCGCCAUAUUUGUAAAGCCUCACAUUUGUAUUACGAAAUAAGACCAAUUUUAGGGGGGAUACUCAAUGGUCUUUCCAAUAUAUAUAUUUUUUGUCCUGUCUGUAACGUUUACAUUGCAGAAAAUAGAUGUGCAAAUAAAGUCAGUUGUGUAUGUUCA